ACCCAAAGGAAGAUAAGAAAAAAAGGCCCUUGGUCAACCGACGACUCAACAUUUUCACACCGAAAAUAGUAUAUUCGUAGAAAAUGCUCAGGGUCUGAACCCAACUCAUCUAGAUGUGCGGGCAAACCUGACUAACAUGGAUUUAGAGCCCUAAGCUUGGAAAAAUAAUUAAUCAUUUUAAAAAGUAAAAAAAUGUGUGGAAUUAUUGUGGUAUUCAUUUAAAAUAUAUAUAUAUAUAGUCAACUUAGUUAGGGAAAUAAGUAUUUCAUUAGAAAACAUAAUAAAAUGAAAUAUAUCAACAAACUCAUUUUUUUAUAAGUUUUGAUCAUUGAACUUGUAUUUUUUAAAAGGAUCUACAGGCCUGAUUUCCCGAAUUUCGGUAAGAAAAACCCAAACGCUUUUCAGAAUAUAAUUACCGGAAUAUUAUUCAAUAUUACUGCUUGCAAAGUGUGGUCAACGAAGAGAAUGCCAUCUCUUGAAGGUUGAGGUGGAUACGAUAACUACAUCCAACUCUCCCCGUUUGGUGGUUGGUUUCUGGCGCAACGAUUUCACCUACUUGGUCAUCUCAUCGCCAAUCAGCGUGCAGCGUUGACUAGGUAUUCACGUGGGUCCCAUCCGUGGGCCAUCAUCAUGCGCCUUUCGUGUGCUUGUCUCUCAUUGAGCCAACGCUCUUAUCUGCCGCCCCGCACCAACGGCGGCGGCGGUGCGGCAGAUGAGCGCCCCCCACCUAAAUGGCGUGACCACCGCCGUUGAGAAGAUAAAAAGCCCGGACCUUGGGUUGGGGGCAUGGGGGGGAUGACCCUUUGAACCUUUGUGGAAGAUCUUCCUCCGCCUCCUACUCUUCCUCCUCCUGAGGGUCGUCUUCUCCGGCGACGGGAACAGAGCGCCGGGGAGAUCAGAGAUGGACGGGGAAGGGACAGAGGGGAUCGUCGCCCUUAAGCCGGAAGCAAGCCGGCCGGCGGGGUCGAGGAUCCCUUCUCGAGACGGCCAGAGCUCCUCCCGCAAGCUCGGCGACCUCCUGAAGCGCCUCCGCGACAGCACCAAUUUCGCCGGCGGCGGCUCCGGCAAUGACGAAGAAGACGAAGAAGAGGAUUUCUGGACGCUCCCCCCGGCGACGCCCUCUCCCCACCACCGGCUACUGGCCCUCAGCCGGGGUGGUUCUCCGGCGGCCGGCGAAGGCCUCCUCGGCCGGCCGCCACCCUUCGUGCUCUCCUUCUCGGAGCUCACUUACAGCGUCAAACUCCGCCGGCGAACCUUCCCCUUCGCCGGCAGCAAGGAACAGGAGACCAAGCUUCUGCUGGACUCUGUCUCAGGGGAGGCGAGAGAGGGGGAGAUCCUCGCCGUGCUCGGGGCUAGCGGCUCCGGCAAGUCGACCCUCAUCGACGCCCUCGCCGGAAGGAUCUCUCGGGGGAGCCUCCGCGGCACCGUGGCGCUCAACGGCGAGCCUCUCCACCGGGGGCGGCAGCUUCUGAAAGCCAUCUCCGCCUACGUGAUGCAGGACGAUCUGCUUCACCCGAUGCUCACCGUCGAGGAGGUGCUCACUUUCGCGGCGGAGUUCCGCCUCCCCCGGUCCAUGCCCACGGCCAGGAAGCGCCAGAGGGUGCAGGCCCUGAUCGACCAACUGGGCCUCCGCGCCGCCGCCGGCACCAUCAUCGGCAACGAGCGCCGCCGCGGGGUCUCCGGGGGGGAGCGGCGGAGGGUCUCCAUCGGCGCCGACAUCGUCCACGACCCCAUCGUCCUCUUCCUCGACGAGCCCACCUCGGGGCUCGAUAGCUCCUCCGCCUUCCAGGUGGUGCAGGUCCUGCAAGGGAUCGCCCGCUCCGGCAGCGUGGUGGUCAUGUCCGUGCACCAGCCUAGCUCCCGAAUCCUCAGCCUGCUCGACCGCCUCCUCUUCCUCUCCCGCGGGCGAGCUCUAUACAGCGGCCCCCCCGCCGGCUUGCCGGAGUUCUUCGCCGGGUUCGGCCACCCGGUGCCGGAGAAGGAGAGCCGCACCGAGUUCACCCUCGACCUCAUCCUCGAGCUCGAGAUCUCCCCCGGCGGCACCGACGCCCUCGCCGAGUACUACUCCCGGUGGCGCGCCGCCCACCCCGUGGACCCUUCCGCCGGCGGCGGCGCCGCCAGGAUGUUCACCUUGCGGGACGCCAUCAGCGCGAGCGUCUCCCGCGGGAAGCUCGUCUCCGGUGCCGCCGCCGUCGCCGGAGAACGGCGGGGGGAGAAGAAGAGGGGAAACCAGCGCGGCUCUGGCGUGCCCGCGUUCGCCAACCCCUUCUGGGUGGAGGUGCAGGUGCUCACACGCAGGUCCUUCACCAACGCACGCCGCCAGCCGGAGCUCGUCGCUGUGUGGCUGGGCGCUCUGCUGGUCACCGGCCUCAUGCUCGCCGCCGUGUUCUGGAAGCGCGACCUGUCGGCGUUGGGCGUGCAGGAGCGCCUCGGCUUCUUCGCCCUCGCCGUCACUACCACCUACUUCACCUGCGGCGAGGUCCUGCCGGAGUUCCUCCAGGAGCGCUACAUCUUCAUCCGCGAGACCGCCCACAACGCCUACCGCCGCUCCUCCUACGUCCUCGCCAGCACCGUCGCCAGCGUGCCCUCCCUCCUCCCUCUCUCCCUCACCCUCGCCACCGUCACCUUCUUCGCCGUCGGCCUCCACGGCGGCGCCUCCGGCUUCCUCUUCUACCUGCUCGUCAUCUUCGCCUGCUUCUGGACCGGCAUCUCCUACAUGACCUUCCUCUCCGGGGUCAUCACCGACGAACGCCUCGCCUUCACCGCCGUGGUGGCCACCCUCUCCUGCUUCUUCCUCCUCGCCGGCUUCUUCGUCUCCCAGGACCGCCUCCCCCGCUUCUGGCUCUGGCUCCAUUACCUCUCCCUGGUCAAGUACCCCUACGAGGCCGUCAUGCACAACGAGUUCGACGAUCCUCGCCGCUGCUUCGUCACCGGCGAGCAGAUCUUCGACAGGACGGCGCUCGCCGGAACGUCGCUGGAGCUGAAGGUGAGGCUGCUCCAGGCGCUGGGGUCGGCGCUGGGGGUCAACAUCACUGCGGGUACCUGCAUAGUCAACGGCCCCUACGUGCUGCGGCUGCAAGGGAUCACCGACCUCGCCAAGUGGACCUGCGUCUGGAUCUUACUCGCCAUGGGCGUCCUCUACCGGGCCCUCUUCUACCUCGCCCUCCUCUUUGGCAGCAGGAACAAGCGCCGCUAGAGGCCCAGGCCCAGGGAGGAGGACGGUCUUUCUUUAUCCAAUGGGUUUUGAUUUUAUUUUUUUUGGUUUUUUUUCUAUAUUUUAUUUUAUAAUAAGACUUAGUUCGAGAACAUAUUACAAAUCGUGAGUUCUUGAUUUAUGAUUGACUAAAGAGACCCAGCUAAAAUGGUCCAUUCGGAAAAAUUAGAUGUUCAUAGAUAAAUAAUUAUUAAUAAAUAUUUUUUGGGGUUUCCAAGAAAAAUAAGACAAUUUUUUAAUUGCAUUUGUAUUUUUUUUCAAAUUAUUUUCUAAAUAUAGUUUCCCUCACACAUACUAGCCUUUGUAAUCGAUUUUAAAUAAUCAUUUAUAAAUAACAAUGAGGCGUUUUGACUAAAAAAAUAAUACCGUUUUUAUUUUAUAUUUUUAAACUCUUUUAAAAUAUAGUUUCCCUCACACAUACUGGCCUUUACAGCCAAUUUUAUUACGAUUUAGAUGUAAAUAAAAAUCUUCAACCGGGCUUUUUUUACUAAAAGCACCUUAUCCAAAAAAGGGCAAGUUAGGCAUUUCACAAGAUCUUUGAUGUAUCGGGCUGGGUCGCCUUGGUUUCAAUUGGGCCGGACCGAUUGAUGGGUCUUUUAAUGGGCCCCGACCGUGUGCUAACUUACCGAACUGCCCCCCUUCGCUUUCUGGGGGCGCCCACAAGGAAUCUCGAGUUAUUUACUAAUAUUUUUAAUGUAAACAAAAAUUCAAAAGUUGUUAUUGAGUGGGACCCAGUGUAUGUCUCUAGGCUCAUAGUGUGUUUGAUGUUUACUCCAUAGAAGAUGGGGAGAAGGGGAGGGGGGCUCACCUCUUCUUGCGGGGGUACGCGUGCCACCCGAAUCACGUGCGAGGUUGUUAGGUUACUUAAAAAUGAGGCCCUCUUAAAUAUAUCAUUUGCUGUAGUACCCUGACACUGUGACAUAUGGUUACAGAUAUUUUCUGUCUGUGACGCGUGAUACGGUAUAAGUAAAAUACUUUAGACAAUAGGAGUCUUUGUGGAAUUUUGUAGAUUUAAUUGUUCAAAUUCAUAGAAGAGGAGGUCCCUCCCUAUCGUCUCUCUCUCUCUCUCUCUCUCUCUCUCUCUCUCUCUCUCGUUUCGUAUUUUCUCCGCUCCCUCUACUCUUCCCCGCCAAAUCCCGGCGAUCUGCUCGCAGACUCGGCGGUCCCCUCUGGCGGCCGCUAGGGUUUGCCACUGCGCCAUCGCCUUUCCAGCGGUGAGGAGACGGGAAGGGCAACCGGGGGAGGGGGUGUCCCUCUUCCGGGAAAGUGAGCACGGGAGGCCAAUUUGCUGCGCUCCGGGGUUGGAAUUUUCGGGGCUGUUCGUCGGGGAUUGUCCGGGCUCCGGCCUUGCGCGCCGGUUGAUCGAGGAGUGGUCUCCAGGUGGAUCUCGCAGAGGAAGGAAGAGGAGGAUUCGGAUCUGGUGAGUGCUUGCAAGCUCUCCGGUUCCCAUUGAGUGGGUUUGGGAUGUAUCCUCGGAGCCUUUUCUCCUUAUAUAUUUCGGAUUCUGAUUUUUCUGUUCAUCUGACUUCUCCUUGAGUCAAGGAGAUGCCGGAAUAGUGAGUGCGUACGAACUUCAUUCUUCUCCUCUGUCGAUUUGAAUUUUGUAGCCUUUCCCUAUAAGCGGUUUAAAUUUUGAAUUGUUGUGUCGAUGAUUGUUUAUCUUUUUGCUCUCGCGUGUGCUUUUCUGAGAAAUUGCCUCCUUGCUCUCUUGAUCACAUGAAUUUUGCAUCCAAAUGGAUAUUUUAGACUUUUAUUGUUGCAGCUGCCCUGAGUUGUCCUCCCUUUAGAUCUCCGGUGAACAAGACCAAUUUUCCUGAGUGUCCAGUGUCGAGCGCAAUUUUUUCGGGAUAGCUCCUCUUCUUUAGCUCACUGGGGGAAGCUUUUCUUUUCUUAAGGGAGUUUCGUUGGUUUGAUCCCCUCCUGCUUGGGUUUCUUUUCCCAGAGGAAUUUGGCUUGUUUUUCCUUCUCUAAAAUUUGUAUCCUUUCGUAGUUUUAUAUUUCUCUCUUCUAUUUCGAUUGAUCGUUCCUUGCUCACGCUUCACCCAUUUAUCUCUGUCCUCUCUCUCUCUCUCUCUCUCUCUCUCUCUCUCUCUCUCUCUCUCUCUCUCUCUUAUUCUUACUUUGCGACACAGGAUCUUCAUCUUUGAUCCAGUCGGAGUUUCGCAUUAUUUUCGUUGCUGCAUAUUUUCACUGCCCGUGGGGAGCUGCUUGGCCGAUUGAUUUUUUUUCGUGCGUUCUUCGAUUUCUUGUUUUUCUUAGGAGUAAUGGGAAUGCGCUGUAUUUUUUAUUUUGUCUCUUCAUUGGGGUUGUAUGGUUCUCGUGUUUGCCAUUCUUUUUAGGAUCGGUCCGAGAUCAUGUGACUUGCACAUUUUUCUAUUUUCAUAUUUUAUAAAGCUGUCCUCUUUCUUUCUUUAUUCGUCAAACCACCCAUCUAACUUUACUUUUCUGGUGUUCAAUGAUUUUUACUCAAUGGAAAUUCACUCCCGCAAUGGGGGUCAACUGUUGACUCUCAAUGGAUUAGAAGAUGACACCAGUUGGGGAAUCAAGAUUAUCAGAGAUAAUACUACUGAUUAGAGCCUUAUAGGUCAUAUUUGUGUAAAGUAAAGAUGGGAUCAUUGGAAUCUCUAACAUUUUGCUUGGAAGGAUGUUUUGAUUUUAACCAUGAUAAUGUUUUGAUUAUGACAUGUAACAUGGUUAGUUUUUGAGGAAAGAUGCAGGCAAAGAUAUGGAAUGAUGAAUACGCUUGAAAAUAGGCCCUUUAUUUUCUUCUCACAUGAUACUUGAGCAUGAUCUCUGAAUAUGCUUAAUGUGAUGGGUAUCAAUUGCCUUAAUGUCAAUCUAUCUAUUUGGUUCUUUUAGUUUUAUAAGGGUGCAAAUAAAUUAUUUCCUUUGAAAUUCUUCUAUAAUUUUGGUUUCAUGGUUGAACUUCAUAGAAUAUACCCUCUUAUUAUGAUAAAUAUGCUGUACCACAUUCCUUAUUUCUGACAACUAUAUGCCUCAAUUCUUUACCUGAUUUGGUUUCCACCUUUUCUAAUGUUCUAUAUAUUUAUUUUUUCAGUGAAAGGGACCUUCAUAUGGCUCCUACAAGGAAACCUAGGAUAAUAAGUCCGCGUUUUAAACAUGGCGAAGAGUCUCCUGAUAAGGAUGGAUGCAAUACAAAUAAAAACAAGACAAAAGUAAGCGUUUUCCUUCUAUUCCAAUUUGCUAUGAUUUAUUUAUCUACGGUGUCAAAUAUCGUGAAUUAUCUACAUCACGUAUUAAUGUAGCGUUAAUAUGUACUUAUUUAUGGUAGGUAACAUAGUUACAUUCUUACUUUUUUCUUGUUUAUUUAAGAGGAAAAGUAACUUUCCAUUUUAAACGUUACUUGAAAGUUUAAUAAAGUGAACCUGGUGCAAACUAUAGGAGCUACAUGGCUUGUUUAAAGGUUUGACCGAGCUCACAGUGGUUAACUUUUUUCCCUAGUUAAAGUAACAUUUAUAAUUUGAUUCCUUGUGAGGUCAGUUUUUCGUGAGUUCAAGUUGCAAUGAUUAAAAUAGGUGAAUGCUAUUCUGCAGGUAUUUUAGGAUUUUCUUUUUGGGAAUAGUUGGGAGUAGUUUCUAACUGUAAAACAUCUAUUGAGCUGAGUUAAACUAGGCGUACUCUGAUUUAGUUGUGUUGCUUAUGUGGUAAAUGUUGGUGCAUUGAGGUUUCUACUUUUUCGUUUUGUUGUACAAUUCACCAUUUUUUCAUUGGACGUAUCAGUUAAGUGAUUUGCUUUGCCAUUUUCUAUUUUUAAUUUUGACAAUUUUGGUAAGUAAUAAAUUAUUCAGACAAGUGCGAGGAUGGAAAUUUGGAGACUUGCUUACUUAAUGAGAGGUUAAUACAUCUUUAUUCUUGAUAUGUUUUGGUGGAAACCAGAAUUCUUUUAUGCUAGUUUUCUAUUGUAAGCUGUUUUUAUCGAAGCAGAGUGAAUUCUAUUCUCCUGUUGUUUUUCUUUUGCUUUUUAAGCAAAUACCCAAUCCAAUAAUCUAAAAUAAGUGUAAUUUCCAAUUCUCACUGCAAGAAUUAGAGGUUCUUGUUAAAUCCUUAUUGGUGAGUAAUGCAUCAUUGGGAUCUAACCUUCUCUUUGUUUACUUAGCCUUGCUUUCUAUCAUUUCUGUCACUAAAUAAUAUACAUGCAAACAUGAAGAUAAGGGAUGCAAUAACAAUUUUUUUAAUGCCUGUGUAUUGUUACCUAACUAUUUCUUAAUUCUGGGCAUCUUGAGUGUGAUAAUUACCAUAUGCUACGACCAUGUACCUCUUUUUUUAUGAAGCUGGUAUGCAUGUUCCAACUGGGCCCGGUUGUGAAGUUUCUUCUUAAGUUUGGUAUAGAACCAUUAUGAAAGUUACUUGUGUGACACUUCUGGUCUCGAUUGUUUGUCUUGCAAAAAAGUUCAUUAAAAAUUUCGUAGCAGCUACAUAUCUACCAUUUAUUGCGACUGUAUUUCAUAACCUAUUUCUCAAUAAAUUCUACGAAACAUUCUUAUUAUGCCUUCAUAGUAACGAAAAUCAUUUGUGCUUGGUGCCAUAUCCUUAUAAACAUUGUAUUUUUGUCGACACCAAUGAAGUAUUAAAGUGUAGGCAGUAUAAGAAUUUGUUAAACUAUCAUUUGUCAAAAAAAGUCGAUGGAGUAUUCUCCUGUUAUGUUAGGAAUUUAAAGUUCACUUGUGACUUUUUUGGAAAAAAAUGAAUGACAGUAUUAUUUCCUUUUUUUUGGAGAAAGCUAUGUCUAAAAGUUAUAUAUAUUGUUUUAUUGUGACUAUGUGAUGGGAAUCAUAUUAUGAUGCAGAAAAGGAAGCUUUCUGACAUGCUUGGCUCCCAAUGGAGCAAGGAAGAACUUGAGCGCUUUUAUGUGGCUUAUCGGAAACAUGGAAAAGAUUGGAAGAAGGUUUGAAUUCUUAAUUUUCUGGCUCAUGAAAGCGUACUUGUGCAUUUAACACGAUUACUGUGUACUUUAUGGUAAUUAUUUGUUCCAAUUAUCUUAUACUGCUCUGUAUUGCACUGCAAGUAAGACACUAGAGCGUUGUCUGAGAUCUGCGAUUGUUGCAUGUGUAUCUGGACAUAAAACUUCGGGAAAACCUCUGAUGAUAUGAUUGGAUAGUUUUGUUUCUAAGAUUAUCUUAAUUUGUUUCUGUUGUGUGAUCUAAUUAUCAGGUGGCAGGUGUGAUACGAAACAGAACUGUUGAUAUGGUGGAGGCGCUCUACAACAUGAAUAGGGUAAGUUUUUUUAUCUCAGAUUAGCUUUAGCUUAGUUGGAAUUGUUACUUGUUCUUCUCUCUCUCUUAUCUCUUGAACUGCUCAUGUUGCUUUAGAAUAUCCUUAUUACUAUUUUCUCAUUUUGAACGUUGCAUUUAGUGUUUGUAUCUAACCUCAUUUUUUCACGUCAGUGUAACUAACCAACUUCUGGUGAGAUUUACGUUGUCACUGGUAUCUUUGAUUUUAUGAUUAUCAAAUUUGCUUGUUUAAUUCCAAGUAGGCCAUUUUUAAAAUCUUCUUUCAUUUUCAUUGUUAAUCUUAUCAUGACGCAUUCCUACAAUGUACUUCAAUGGUAUGUGAGGAAAAAAACCAAAUACUUCUCCUUUUGAGAAAAUUAUUGAUAUCUUUGCCGGAAUUCCUGCUCACAUAUCGGGUGGCAUCUUCUACUUAUGUGUCAGGCUUGAUCCACAUCAACAGUCGUUUAUUAUAAAGUAAUCGUUUCCUUAUUUAUCAUCUACCGACAUAUGGUUAUUUUCAUCUGACCUAAGACAAUUCGGAGUAUAGCUAUUUUCAUCAACAGUCUUUCCUUUUUUUCAUUACUGGGUAGAGGACAGAUGCUAAUUUCUUGGUGCAUCCUUCACCUGAUAAAUUUCUUGUCAACAAAGAUUAUCCAGGCUUAAGGCUGUUCUUAUCAAAAAAAAUUCCAAGAAUGUAAGAUGGGAUGUACAACCAAUUAUAUGUUAUAAAGAGAUUUCGUUGGAAGAUCUUUCAACAUUACCCUUGAUGGUAAAUGUGUCAGUUUUAUCAGCCAUGAAGCUGGGACUUAGCCUUUCUUCGGGCCUUGUUCAUUCAUGUUCUGACUGUUAUUUUAUUGUCAUGACCUGUUGUUCAUUUUAUUCAUUCGGUUCUUGAGCACCAAUUUGUGUUUCUUCAUCACCAUCCCAAACUUUUCGGUUUUGUUGGGAUGACAAAAUAGUAUUUUCCAAAUUCAAUAUAUGGAUUCAUUCUUGAUUUGAUUUGAACCAUUGUUUUACCUUUUAUUCAAUAUAUCUUCUUAUUUUCAAUAGAUUUUACGUUUACUCAUGUUUGAUAGCUAUGGGUUUUAUGUAUUCAUCUCCGUCGUAUCCCUGUUAAUGGAAUUUCAGGCGUACUUAUCUCUACCAGAAGGAACGGCUACUGUAGCAGGAUUAAUUGCUAUGAUGACUGAUCAUUACAAUAUCCUGGUAAGCCAAUAGUUUGGACUAUCCUAUUGCUGUUUUUGUGGUGGAUUCGUUUCGUGUUCUCCUAGAUUUUUGUCCUUCUGUUUGUAUGUAUUAUUUUGAAAACUAUCUACUAUAGUUUUCUGCUGACCUAGUGACACUGAAUAUGACUAGGUCUCUUGAAACACAGAGGAUUUUUCUUUAGAUUGUCUAUUCCUUUGGGAAAGUCCACAGGGCAGGAAUGAAUCUUCCUACAGUCGUAUAUUGCUGUUGCUUCAUAGAUACAGUUUCUUCAGUAAAUUGAGGUUCCAUGGCCUUUUGCUAUGAACCCUCUAAAAUGACGUAGAGUGCUGUAGUAGAUUCUUGAGAGUGUGUAGUAAUAUAGUCCAUUCGGUGGACUUAAUCACAUAACUGCAACAUUGAGAAUGACAUAAUGCAAUAACAGAGCAUUACCGGUUUUGGUUCUAGUUCCUUUUGAUGGUGGCACUGGCUAGUUCUACGUGUGUGCUGCUGGUUCUGGUCAUUUUCUGAUCAAAGGUUUUCUUAAAAAGAAGGCAUGAAGCAGAGGAAGAAGACACAAGAAGAUAUAGGGGAAGAAUAAACUCAACUUGUACUUGGGGUUGUUUUUACUGGAACAACAUUUUUUAUGCUGUCUGACAUUUUGGGGGCCUUUUUCUUGUUGAAGUUACAUUAUGAUGGAAGGACAGAAGAGUGGAGGGGCAGCUAGAAAUGUAAUGUGAGGAGGAAGAAAAUGAAGAACAAAUGAAGUGGAACUUGCAUUUUCCCCUAUUUCUUUCUAUCUUUUUAGGACCAUGUCUUCCCUACUUCUUGAUGUGCUUUUUGCCUCUAUUUCCUGCUAUAGUCAUACCCUGUGUUAUUGCUAUGGAUGCCAUGUGUACCAUCUAUUGCAGAUGCCCUAUGCCAUCCACCAAAAUUCUCCAUAGCUGCCUGUCUCAUUCUUUCUUGGUUUGUAAUUCACAGAGUGGUAGUCGUUGUUGAAGCUUCUCCUUUCAGAAUUUUUUUUGCUUUUCUGUUCCAUAGCUUAGGCGACUGUUGUAGAACUGUUGUUUUUGGUUGAAAUCUGUUGACUGGUUUGCAGAUAAAUUUGCUGUAAAAUGUACUUGACUGCCAUAUUUUUCAGGGAUAAAGUGUGGUGGUUUGCCAUGUAACUCAUAGCAUCUGUCUCUAGUGUGACGUAGUUUUCUGCAGUAUGUACACCAUAAAUUGUCUCUAGAGUCAGUUUUCUGA